AUGACUUCUGUCAGAUGUAAACUAAAAAAGGCGGCAAAUAGACCAGUUUCAUUACGUGCAGCCAUUGCGGCGUACAGAAAGGGUAAAAAGACACAACGAACACAAUGUUUUAUAAGUAAAACGUUUAUAGGUAUAUUACACUCAUAUAAAUAUUUUACAAUACAGUUAAAAAACAACACAAUACACAUAAGCCAGGGUGACACAGUGACACUCCUUGAGAACAGAAAAAAAGCGUUAACUGAACUUGACCAAAGAACAGCAGAGUCAUUGCGUAAACUCGACGAGAAAGCAUUGGCUGUACUACAUAAACUAAAACAAGAUGUUGGUGAAUUGAAGGAUGCCACUUUAGCUGAUGUUGAAAACGCUGGAACAUCGUUAAAGCAAACGCUUUAUGAAGAGAGAAGGGAUGCCAUAUCUGAAAUAAACACAGCCGGGGAACAGGCAAAACAAGACAUUGCUGGGAAGACGUCUGAUGGUAUAUCUGAAAUAAACACAGCCGGGGAACAUGUAAAACAAUAUAUUGCCGUGGCAAAACACGAUAUUUAUGGACAGAAAAGUGAGGCUGUCUCUGAUAUUUGUAAUGCAAAAGAAGACGUUUUAUCUGCCAUCGCCAAGGCUGGUGCAGAAACUAAAGAAGAUGUUUUAAGUGGGGCUUGUGGUGCUCGGUCUGAUAUGAGCGGCCGUGUUGUUUCCAA